CCUCAACCCCCUUCCCCUCCUUCUCCUGCCCCGCCUGGCCCCUCUCUUCCAGCACGCUCUGCCCCAGCCUCAGCAGCCCUCACGCCUCCCCACCGCCACACUCCCCACAGCCCCACACCAGCCUCCCCACUCCCUCGCCCUCCUGCAAUACCGCUCCUCGCACCCCCACGCCCCUGCGCUUGCUCAACAGCCUCUCGUCCCUUCCAGGGCUCCUCCACACCACACACAUGGCCUGCUACAACGCCUGCCGCUCCUGGGGACCCACCCCGCUGGCCAACAGCUGCAACGAGCCCUGUUCCCAGCAGUGCCAGGACUCCCGCGUCGUCAUCCAGCCUCCCGCCGUGCUGGUCACCCUGCCAGGACCCAUCCUCACCUCCCACCCCCAGAGCACCGCCGUCGGAUCCUCCUCAUCGGCUGCCGUGGGCAACGAACUCAGUGCCCAGGGAGUUGCCAUCAACUCCGGGGCCUUCGGCUACGGCAACGGCUAUGGCUUUGGAGGCCUGGGCUGCUUUGGCGGCAGAAGGGCUGGAUACAUCUGCUAAGGGCCCUCGCCACCACCCCUGACGGACACCACCUACCGCAUUGAAGC